AUGGAAUAUUGUUAUCUCAGAUCACAGACCGUAUUUUUCUGGAAACGCGCUUUUCGAUCAGUGUUUAUUAUUUAAAGAAACUAUCAAAUAACAGAGCCAUGAACAAGCUCAGUACAGACGACUUCAAGGAAAUGGAGAAGCAGCUUCGAGACUCCGUGGAACAGGACAGACGGUAUAGUCGAGUGAAUGACAUCAAAUGCGACGCUAUUUACACUGCUAAGACUUACGAGGAGUUUGCAGAUCGAGUGGCAACAGCGCAUCUUCAGCCUAUGAGCAAGAAAGAUUUCAACCAAAAAGCGACUCUUGCCUGGAACAAAUACGCUACCAAAGAGAAAAACGAUGAUGAGUGAUGAAAUUAUAUAUAUUUUAUAGACAAAGUGUGAGUAGCUCCAUCAAUACAAUCGAUGAUUCCGCCAACGUCAAGUUAAGGACACGUUUAUUUUCAGAAUUUGAUAGAUGAACUUCGAUGGUACACUUAACUGAGAAAAGAAUCUAUAACAACAAAAAAUAGAAACAUUUACUUACAGAAACAAAUUGUUAAUUUAAAUAAAUUUUCAAUG